AUGUUAAUGUUUAUUGUCAAAGUAGAAGUAAGCUAAAACAAUGGACAAUGUUUGAACGAUUUAACGGAAUAAUGCUUUAAAGUUUCAACAAAAAAAUCUUCUUCGUUUUUAAACCAUGGAAACUGUUCGUGGUGAAAGUGACUCUAAUGAUAUCAAUGAACAUAACACAUUAAUUUCAAUAAAUCGCCCUCUAUUCACUAAAGAAACGUUUCAUCAAUAUGCAGGAUAUAAAUCGAACUUAAAAUCACUAACUACUUGGCAACAAUGUCUACAUAUAUUCAUACCAUUUAUUCAAAAAUGUUCUCAAAUAUUAAGAGUCAAUACAAAUGAAAAUACUUAUAAAGACCGUGAAGAAACGAAUGAAGAAUUCUCUAAAAAAAGUAGAAAACAAUCAAUAAUUGACAACUGUCAAUAUUUUAUGACUCGUUUCUUUAAAUGGUUGAUUACUUAUUUUCCAUUCAUCCAGAUUCUGAUGCAAUACAGAGUGAAAAGUUGGCUUUUCAAUGAUAUAAUUUCAGGAUUUACAGUUGGAAUAAUGCAUGUACCUCAAGGCAUGGCUUACGCUUUAGUUGCUACACUGCCACCAGUAUAUGGACUAUACACUUCAUUUUUCCCAUCGCUAAUCUAUUUUUUUCUUGGAACGUCCAGACAUAUAUCAAUAGGUACAAUGGCAGUAGUUAGUUUACUAACAGGUGACUUUCUUGAUAGAGUAAUUCAUUUGAAGGCUGACAGUAUAAAAUCAGCGAAUGAAGCAUUAUAUGGUAAUAUGACUCAUAAUGACACUUCAUUACAUGAUGCAGAACAAUUCAGAAUUCCUUAUGCAUUAGCAUUAGGAUUUUCAGUAGGCAUUGUACAACUUCUAAUGGGAUUAUUCAGAUUAGGUAGUUUAAUCAGAUACUUUUCUGUACCGAUGACAUCUGGUUUCACUGUUGGAGUAGCUGUUCAUGUAUUUACAACUCAAGUAAAGAAUGUACUAGGUUUAAAAUUACCCCGGUUUCCUGGUCUUUUCACUAUACCAUACACAUACUAUGAAAUAUUUCGUACUAUUCAACAUACCAACAUACCGACAAUGUUGAUGGCUGGCGCAUGUAUAGCAAUUUUGGCUGUUUACAAAGAACGGAUUAGUCCAGUUGUUAAGAAAAUUUCAUUUAUUCCUCUUCCUAUAGAUUUAAUUAUUGUUAUAUUGUCAACUAUUGUUUCAUAUUCAGUUGAUUUACACGAUAAAUAUGAUGUUAAAAUUGUUGGUGAAAUAUCGAAAGGAAUUCAGUAUCCAGAAGUACCGGAUAUCACGUUAAUGGGUCCACAUAUUGGUGACAGUAUUAUUUCAGCAGUUAUUGGUAUUUCAGUUAGUGUAUCCCUUGCACGAAUAUUUGCAACACGUUUUAACUAUAAAAUCAAUACUAAUCAAGAGCUUAUUGCUUUCGGAGUGACAAAUGUAAUCAGUUCAUUUUUUCAUGGAUAUCCAGCGGCUGCAUCAUUAUCUCGAUCUGCUGUUGCCGUAUCUGCUGGUGGACGUACACAGGUUGCCAGUCUUUUCUCAUGUUUACUACUUAUACUGGUUUUGUUCUUUAUUGGACCACUACUUUUUUCCGUGCCCAUUUUCUGCUUAUCGGCAAUCAUUAUUGUUGCUAUUAAAGGAAUGUUUAUGGAAGCAAAAGAUUUAGUAAUGUUUUGGAGAUUUUCUCCAUGGGACAGCGCAGUCUGGAUAUUUACAUUUCUAUGCACAGUAUUGCUUAGUGUAAAUUAUGGUCUUCUAUUAGGUAUCAUAAUCUCUGUUGGAGUUGUUGUAUUACGAAUACAAUGGCCUAAAAUUCACAGUUUAGAACAAAUUCAAAACACAGAAAUCUAUCGAAACAGUAGAGAUUAUACAAAUUAUAUAAAACAUGAUAAAAUUAAAAUUAUUCGUUAUGAAGGAAAUUUAUUCUAUUUUUGUGCUGAACAUUUUCGUGAAACCAUUUAUUUACAAACAGGAAUAAAUCCAUUUGAUAUAAAUUUAAAAGUGAAUUAUUGUUUAAAUAGAAUAAAACAAAUUGAAAAUACUUUACGUUCAACAUCAAAAUCUAUGGAUAUUGAAAUAGAUAAAUCAGAUGAUCAUUCAAAUGAAAUAAAAACUAUAGAAGAAACAUCUGAUCAUUUAGAAGCAUCUAAUGAAAAUCAACAAAAAUCUAAUUUAAAGAAAAAAUCAUUUAAAAGAAAAAUGUUUCAUUAUUUUAUAAAAAAAAGAAAAUUAUUAACAUUAAAUGAAAAAUCAAAAUUAGAAAUGGAAAGAAUAAAACAAAUAGAAAAAUUAGAAAUUAUUAAUCAUUUAUUAACAUUUAAUUAUUUAAUAUUAGAUUGUUCAUGUUGGACAUUUAUUGAUAUAGUUGGAGCAGAUGAAUUAAAACAGGUGAUAGAUAGCUAUGAAAAACUGGGUAUCAUCGUUCUGCUCGCUCAGAUGAAAGAUUACCUUAUCCAUACUUUACAAAAUAAUGAUAAAUUAGGAGAUUUAACUAAAAUUUACCCAACUGUUCAUGAUGCAGUAAAUGAUGCAAUUAUUCAAUUGAAUACAAUGAAAGUUAAAGAAAGAAAUUUCCUGCAACUGAAUGAAGAAACUUUAACAUCGUAAACAAAAAAGAUUUUUCAACAAAUAUAUCGACUUAGCAACUGUCAACAGGAAUAAAUAAAAAAGACUAAUCAAUUUCCAAUUAAUUUAUCAAACAUUUUAUUGAACUAUUGAAAGAAAGAAAAAAACAAUAAUAAACUGCUAUCACAUUUAUUUACAAAACAAAUUUCUUAAUUAUUAAUUAAUCUAUUUUUGUAACUAAAUGUUAUUACAUUUUGUG